GGAUUUGCUACAUAGUCUUUGCUGCACUCCCCAAAAUGUUGUUCACACGCAGUUUGUGAUCGAUCCAGAAAUGGCAGGAGAAGAAUCUUUAACGAACGUUUGUCAGAGCAACUUAGGGUACUGGUACGUUAGUAAGCAUUUUAUCCUGGUACUGAGCCAACAGUAAUACCAAAGAAGCAAGUUUCCUGAAAGAAAAGCAACAAAGAAAAUGUAUCAAGGGUAAUCGUCUGCGACAUAUAAACUAACGGUUUCGUGUGCUUAUAUUUCGAACAAUGUCCAUCAAAGCUUCGCAUUGUUAUUUAACCACUACCUAUCUGGAUGGGGUUAUUAAAAACUGAAAACAACCGGCUUUGUUUCUAAGUAACCUGGUCAAAACAGGGUGUACAGUGUCAGUGAACCUGAAAGGAGAUAACAAAACAUUAUUCUGUUCGGACAUGGUGCUGUUGUGUUCUUUACGACGGAAUCGUCUGUCCUGGACACGAGUAAGUGUAUUUACAAUGUUUGGAAUAAUUAUUCUAGUUGUGUUUAUCAGUGACUAUGAUUUCAUGUGUCAAUUUAUCAAAAAGAAGAAGUGCAAUAGUAAACAGUUUUUUAGGGUCAGCUCGCAACAGAACCCGAGCAUGGACACUAGUCGAAGAAGAGAGUUGAAUUCAUCUGUCUCAGUAAAAACUAACUUGGCUCCAACAACCAAAGACCCGACCGCUUUUUUCGCCAUUCCACCCGUGCCUUUAAAAUCGACGUCCGAUUACGUGGCUAAAAUAGCAGAACAUGUCAUACAAAAGUACAUACAUUAUGAAGAUAGAAAGUACACCGAAAGGAUUGUCAUACUGACUCCAAUUCACAACGUUGCUAACCAACUAUCGAAGUACGCCAAACUUUUGAAGUCGUUGACGUAUCCUCACAAGUUGAUUUCCAUAAUUUUCGGUGAGGACUGUAGUAAAGAUUCGACGGUUGCUGCAGCUAAAGAUACAGCUGCAGAUUUACGAAAUGCAUCUUUUUCUCGCGUUGAGGUCAUCCAUUUUGAUAUUUACGAUAAAAGUGAGUGCAACUGGGAUAACAAGCGCUAAAAAUAUGUGCAGCUUUCAAGGAGAAAACAUUUGGCAAAAUCUAGGAAUCUUUUAUUCAAGCAAGGAUUAAAAGACGAGGAUUGGGUGCUUUGGAUAGACAGCGACAUCUCCAAAUUACCCAUUGAUACCAUCCAGCAGCUUCUGUCUGCAGAUCAGAAGAUAGUGGUACCAAAUUGUUUGUAUAUCGAUUCCUCAAACAAGGAGAGAGUCUUCGAUAAAAACACAUGGCGGGAAACUAAAAUGUCUCUAGAACAACAGGAAAAACUCGGUCCUGGUGAUCUGAUGUUAGAAGGUUAUUCGCAGACCCAGCGGCUCUAUCUACCGGACCUCAGAGCCGAGGGUCGUGUUGUGCCGAUAGAUGGCGUUGGUGGUUGUACACUUUUGGUCAAUGCCGAUCUUCAUAGGAAAGGUCUGAAUUUUCCAGAAAAUAUUGUCGAUCAUCACAUAGAAACUGAAGGACUGGCUAAAUUGGCAAAACGUAUGGGAUUUGGCGUAUUCGGCAUGCCUUUCGUAAAUGUAUAUCAUUGAUUUACUGGUUAAAUGAAACUCUCUACUGAAUAAAAGUAGUCCAUCAGAUUGUUCAAUCGCACCUAAGCAUGCCACUAUUUACCAAUAUAUUUGUACUUGUUAUAAUUUUAAAAUGAUUAAAGAACACACACACACACACACACACACACACACACACACACACACACACACACACGUAUAAUAAAGUGAAGACUUGUGUUAUUGUAGAUUCGGGAGCAUGGCAUGGCCACUUAUCUGUAAAUUGUAGCACACAAGUUAUAAUAAUUUAUGUAUCGAAAAGCAUGCCCAACCUCCAUGUACACCGAUAAGGCGCGGAUUAAAGGAAUUAUCCUGGGCUUGUUUCCACGAUAAGAUCUUUUCGAAUGACAGAGCCUUUUUUAUGACCACAAUAUUAUUACAUAUUAAAUAUAUAUAUAUAUUUUUUUUAGAUUAAACAGUUAUCUGUAUAAACAAGGUAUUUGUUGUUGUCCAGUUUGUAGUAGUUUGUUACCAGCCUCGGUGGUGUAGUGGUUAUGCCAUCGGACUUGAGGCUGGUAGAUACUGGAUUCGUAUCCCACCAGAGGCAAUGGGGGAUCUUUCAUGCCAGUACCGGCCCCAAUCCAGGGUGAGCGCACCGCUAGGCUCAGUGGGUAGGUGUAACGUCACAUACACAGUUAAAUACUUUAUGCCAUUGGACAUUAUCAUCUUAAUAUUUGUAAGAAGCCCAAACUGGAUUUUGUCUUCAAAUAAUUUUGUAUGUACGAAAAAAACAUUUUUUAGGAAAUAAAAUGAAAUUAAACCUAGUACAAAUAAUAGAAUGAUCAGAA